AUGCGUAGAGCAGACAUGCAUCGCGCACGCAUGAAAAGGCUUAGCUUCUCCGCAAAAGGCACCGUGGACAAUAUGUUGACAGUAUAAGAUGAUGUUGGUCUCCAGCACAGGGGGGGCAUCUUGUCUCACAUGAGCCGAACAUGGUCAAGAGAAGGAAUGACAUGUGUUGGUACCGAUCGAGUCUUGUGCACCACGAUCGUGUCGUGGCAAGAGCUGUCUGGCUCAGUACAGAAGCUGGCACACUUCGGUCAUCCUGAUUCUUCACUUCGGCGAGGCCACCCGCCCGCCCGCCACGUGAAGGCAAGAGCCUUGGGCAGCAUCAGGAUGGCACGAGCUUCCUCCCCUGUGGAGUUCAGCGAGGCCCGGAGGCGCAUGCCUGGCACUGCCGACGGAGCAGAUCCAUUGACUACCACCGAAGCAUUGUUCUACGACUCGGACGCGGACACCGACGACGAGUUCCAGGCGCGCCUGGCAGAGGCGUACCGUGAGUGCUCACCUUCUCGCCAGCGCAGGCUGGCGGAGCGGAGCAAGAACCCGAGCAGCUUCGCCUCCUACGCCAUGCAGGAUCCGCCUUUGGGCCGCACCCUCGUCUCCAUCUUCCCCACCCCCGUGGGCGGGCCUGUGGACGUCAAUGGCUGUGAGCACGCCAGGGCCCCCGUCUUCCCGUCCGUCGUGCAGCCGCCGGUGUUCCCGAACGAGGUCCCCUUCUCCGUGCCCGCGCCGCCGUUCGCCGUGCCCAACCUGUCACAGGCGCCGGCGCGACCGCCGCGUGAUGCGCCCGCGUGGCUGGCCGAAGCUGGGCUGCUUGGGCCUCCCUCGUGGAACCGCCUGGUUGGGGUUCGGAAGUGGAUACACCAUUUGAGGUGGAAGGCGUCAGGAGGCGAGUUGGCACGCUGGGGUCGGGACGGCGUAGGUUCACAAAGAAGGCCCCAAAAACUUGAUAAUGCUUGGGCGCACGAAGACGCAGGCCAAUCCAAGAGCUGCUUGUCUUGAGCGACGGCCUUUCUAUUCGGGACCAGGAUGCCAGCGCAACGAUGAUUGUAAAGAUGUUCUCGUACUGAUUGCGCAAUAGAUGCUGCCAGCUCCGUCAGUUCGGGAGGAGCUACUGACUGCGCAGAUACCCCUGCCUUCCGCAAUCCCUCUCCUCGUCCUCGUCGUGCGUCUCAUAUUCCUUCCCACUCUUCUUCAGCUUGCACAGAGAGUCCUUGCCCGUUUGCGUUUGCUUUGCGGCCGCUGGUUUUGAGCAGAUUUGGUCGCCAGCAGGUUGCCCACUGCGUGCUGGGUCGCCUCAGAGGGCCAGGCGUAACAGGAUCAUGAGGAGAAGGCCGAGUAGAAAGAACAAAAGGAAGACAAACCAGGGCAAGGAAGAAGACAG